GGCCCCCGGGCGCAGCGGGCCGGCGCCCAGCACCUUUCCAGCCCGGGCAACCUCAGCGUCGCCCCCACUCCCACCCCACCCCGCACCGCUGGCCCCGGGCUGCGGGGUUGGACGGCUGCGCCCGCCAGGGGCUCGGAAUCCGGGGAGGCCGGCCGGGAUGCGGGCGGGAGCGGGGAACCGGGCCUCGCCUCACGGCGGGCGCCCCUUCCUCACAGCCGCCGGGACCCCGGCGCCCGCGCCCAGAGUCAUGAACCGCAGCAGCACGAGCAGCGCGGCCGAAAAGGCGCCCACAGCCAUGCUCUGGGGCUGUGAGCUAAACCAGGAGAAGCGGACCUGGACCGUCAAACCCCAGAAGGAAGGGAAGCAGGACUGUAAGCUGUUGCUCAGUACGGUGGAACAGGGGUUCCCUCCGGUGUUGAGGUGGCCUGUCUUCAAACGCUCUCAGAUUUGCUUGGGGGAGAAAGCCAAAGAAGAGAUGAACCUCGUGGAAAUCCUGCCCCCAGCCAGCCAGGAAGACAAGAAGGCCAAGCCCAUCACCAUCGCCUCUCUUCAGGCCUCGGUGCUCCCCAUGGUCAUGAUGGGAUUGGAGCUUUCUCCUCCAGUCACUUUCCAGCUCCGGGCUGGCUCUGGACCCGUGUUCCUCAGUGGCCAGGAAUGUUAUGACACUUCAGACCUGUCCUGGGAGGAGGAGGAGGAGGAGGACGACCUGGAGGAGGAGGAAGAGGAGGAAGAUGACAGCGAUGAUGAUGAUGACGAUGAUGUUGAUGUAGAUGUGUCCCUAGAGGAGGAGACCCCUCUUAAACAAGUCAAGAGGCUAGCAUCCCAGAAGCAGACAGGUGUUGCCAAGAAAAAAAAGGUGGAAAAAGAAGAGGAGGCAGUGAGAAGAAAAAGCAAAAAGUCCUGCAAGGAAACACAUCAAAAUGUUAAUACCGGUGGGAGACCCAGCCUUAAAGACAAGAGUCCUGUGAAAAAGGCCAAACCCACACUCAAACCUAAAAAGCCAGGAUCCAAGAAAUGAGCCAGGAGUGGCCUGGCUGCAGUGACGGAGAGAGAGCCAGCUAGAACACCAUACAGAGUGGCCUUCCUGCGGGUGUGCUGCAACCCCAUGUUCCCCCCACCCAGCCUCUCUCCCUCUGAGUCUGAAUGUGACGGAGCUGUUGGGGGCAACACAAGGGGCCCACACUCCAACUAUCAAGUUUCGGCAGGACCUGGAGGGAAGAGCCCUGACCUCAGAGCCCCAAUAAAGUUUGCUUUGCCGGGA